GGGUUACUUCUGAUCUGGAGCAGAAGAGCAUCUGCAUGGCGGCUGUGUUUGGGACACGCGUCAGACGAAUAAAAGAAAACAAAUAAAGGCGUUUUGCUUACUGUCACUGAAGUGGUUCGCUCUAGUCGGUGUAGGAUCACCAUGCUUGAUUUUGACAAGUAGCCGUUCUCGCCCUCACAUGUAGAUCCUGCAGAAGCUUGUUGACACACAGGAGUGAUAUUUUUUUAAGGUGGAGCAUGGAGCAAGUUGAGCAGUCGGGGGGAGAGAGCCCCCAGCUAACAUCUAUACGGUCAGAUGCUUCAGGGGCCACGGCGGAGGAAGGAAAUUCCGGAACCAACACACGGAGGAAGCGCAGGAAGAGAGAGCCCAGACCAGAGUCCAUCAUUGUGUACCGCUCUGAUGCUGAGAGAUUAGAUGGAGAGGAGCGUGGAGGAGAUGUGGAAGGGACAGAGAGGAGCUCUGAGGAAGGGGCCAAAUUUCUCACCACCCCAACGAGUGAAGGAGGCUGGAACCUACCACCCGAUAGCCGCUAUGUGACACUAACAGGCACAAUCACACGUGGGAAGAAAAAAGGUCAGAUGGUGGACAUUCAUGUCACACUGACGGAGAAAGAAUUACGGGAGAUGGCCAAGUCCAAAGAGCGGCUGGACGCUGAAUGUGAAGCCGGAGAUGGAGCCAAGCGCUCAUGUGGUUUGGGGUUUUCUCAGGGUCCUCACGUGGUGUUGUGGAGUCUUUCUUGUGCUCCCAUAGUCUUUAUCCUCUCCUUCAUUACCUCAUUUUACUAUGGCACACUCACCUGGUACAAUGUGUUCCUGGUGUACAACGAGGAGAGGACGUUUUGGCACAAAAUCACCAUAUGCCCCUUUCUCAUCAUUUUCUACCCCAUGCUCAUCAUGGCUGUUUCAUUGUCUCUCGGUUUGUAUUCGGCUGUGGUGCAAGUGUCCUGGGCGUUUAGUGAGUGGUGGAUGUCAGUGAAGGACUUGGAGAAGGGCUUCUGCGGCUGGGCCUGUGGUAAGCUGGGGCUGGAGGAUUGCUCUCCAUAUAGCAUUGUAGAGUUACUCGACUCUGACACAAUCUCUGGCAGUCUGCAGGGGAAAACUCCAGGAGAAAGCGUGCAAACGUCGUCUGUGUGAAAGCCUGAAUAGAUUUGUGGUGGUAGAUAAGGCCAACUAGCUGGUCCACAGUGUCUUGUUUAGAUUUUGUUUACAUGUGGGUUUUAUUACUGCUUGUGUGAUGUAAUGUAAGAGUACGUAGCCAUGAUGAUGCCACACAUACCAUAUAAACCCACAAUCAUAGGUUUGUGAGUGAGAGAGUAGUCUUUGUGAACUUCAUUGUUUGGUGUUAUUUUUAGCCUUUAGCCACUGAUAAACCCUUAUUCAAUGCCUUACUCCUCGAUUAUGUAAUUUGAGUUGAAUGGAACAUUUUUCUUUCACAAUCACUUGUGGUUUCUCAUAUCAAACUCUGCUUUUUAUCCAUGUAUUUAUGCUAUUUAUUUUAUUUUUAUUCUAUUUAUUUUAAUGGAUUGCAUGUCUGGAUUAUUAGCAGUUGGUGCCAGGAAAGGCUUUUCCAAAACAGUCCAUGCUGGCUUAAAUGUGGGGAAAAGGCUUUUGAUAAUCCUUAAAUGCUAAAGCCAUAUAUCAUGUGUCAGAUCUGAUGAAAGUGGGAAGAUGUUUUGUGAGAAACUUUGUGCAAAGUAUUAUUCUUUAAUUGUUUUUUAAUUAACAAAUGAUAUGAUGUAUUUUC